AGCUACAGCUCCUGCCUCUUAGUCUAUCUCUACACUUCCAUCUGAGCUGAGCCUGAAGAGUGAUCAAAUUUAAGCAGUAUUCUCUUAACCAAAUCUCAGACAGGAUGGGGAGCUCCAGCCGCUUUUCACUGGGCGCGGCUGUGAUCCUGCUUCUGGUACUGGCUUCGGCCAUGAAGGCUGGAGCCAUCCGACUCGACGCGGAGACCCGGGCGUCAGUCAGCGGCCGCAGUAACCAAAUGGCCACUGAUAAACCGAUUGGGAAGAACAAUGUCGUCGAUGUGGUCAAGGGAUCUGCUGGUUUGACAAGCGAGAUGAAGAAGAGCGUGGACGUUGCCGCGAGUGAAGUUAGGGCGGUGGCGCAUAAGAUGCCGGAGUUCCAUGAGGACUACUACGGCCCGAGUGAUCACAGCCCAAGGCACCACUGA